AACGCACCUGGUACAAAGUAAUCGAAACAGCAAAAAAAGGCACAUGGUUAACCGUCAACUGUAUCUCUCAAUUUUGAUAAAAGACGAAUAAUUUACAAUUAAAUUUACUUAAAUUUGUAUAUUUAUUUCACCAGUAUUCUACGUAAAAAGAAGUAAACUCUUCUUAAACGAAAAUGGCUGAACGAAUGGAGGACUUAAAUUUACCAAAUGCGGUUAUAACUCGAAUAAUUAAAGAAUCACUUCCGGAUGGUAUUGCAAUUGGAAAAGAAGCAAAACUUGCCGUUGCUAAAGCAUCAUCGAUAUUUAUUUUAUAUAUAACAUCCGUUGCAAAUACAAUUGCCAAAAAUCAAAAUCGAAAAACAAUUAACGGAGCAGAUGUAACGCAAGCAAUGAAGGAUAUUGAAUUUGAACAAUUUCUCGAACCUCUACAAGAAUCAUUAGAAAUUUAUAAGAAAUCACAAAAAGAUAAGAAAGAAGCGACUGACAAAAAGAAACAAAAUAACAAAAAUGAUACAUCUGAAGAAACAGUUUGAGUUUCUUUAUUUAAAAGAAUUUUAAUUUUUUUUUAAUUCUAAACUUUUGUUCCUUUUACUAUAUUUAAGAUAGGGGAAUUUUUUUUUCAGCAAUGUAAUUUAAAAAAAAACAUAUUUUUUAAUAAACUAUUUAUGUACCUACAA